GAGGCUAGCAGCUAGUGCUAUAAAACUGGUGUGCAGAAGCUGCAACUAUAAUUAUUAGGGUCUAUACUCUCAAAACUAACAGCAAGCACAAUAUUAAUCUUCAACCAACCAUGUGCAGUUUAUCGACAUUUGCACUCCUGUUUGCUAUCACUACCACACUUGUAUCUGCAAGUCCAGUAUCGAAAAGACAAAAACGCAAUGUUUGGACUGGAGGAAGGAUCGAGGAUGCUGAAAGUUGCAAGCUUAAGUGUCAUGCACUCCCAAAGGAAGUGAGUGACUACUGUGGCUAUAACAUCACUGUACUUCCAAAUGCUAGAGGACAUGAAACCGUUGAUGAAGCACUCAGUGAAUUCGAUGAUUUCGCACCACUAUUAACUGAUUCUCCUUGCUCCGAUCAUCUUGGAGUACUGCUAUGCUACCAUUACUUUCCUUUGGGGUAUAAUUGUACAGCUAAUAAUUUAGCCUGCAAAUAUGGUGUCAGAGCUAUACCUUGCCGUGACACCUGUGAAGCUGCUAAAACUGAAUCAUGUACUGCUUUUGUGAACUCGUCACCGUCAUUAGGCUGGGCAGAUCAUCUCAACUGUACUAAAAAGGAGAGUUUUCCUAUAUAUAAGCUUAAAUCUAAUGCAACAAAGACCGUGUGUGUUAACAUUGCUGCCACAAUCAAGAAAAAAUUUGUGAUACCUACAUCUUCAGUAGUAACAACGAAAGUCACACCUGCAUCAACUACACCGAAUCCAGAGGUUACAAGUCCAACUGAAGUUCCCACAACGAAAGAAGCUGUUUCCACGGAAGCUAGUGUUGAGCCUCCCACAGAGAAGCCCAAGAAGUGCCCCAAAGCCAAAGCAUGCAAAAUCAGGAGUACUGCUGGUGGUAGAAGUUUUACCCAAAAUGAUUAUUCAUUUGCUAUUAGAGCAACAAUCACUGGGCGGAACGAGAACGAUUGCAACAUUUACCAAAUGAACAUUAACGAGUCGUUCAAUUUACACACUUGUGUCAAUGGUGUAAGAACUGAAAUAACAGUACCAACCGGUACAGCAAAACUUUAUGCUAUGGAUGGUCAUAGCUCCGAUAUCAUGGCCAAUAUGAACACACCUGUUCUUAUAGCAGGAACGUACACUGGAACAUCUGGAGAUGGUUAUAAAUUAAAGCUUGGUUGUUCUAGAGGGACAGGAUUGAUUGCCGAUUGGAAUUCGAAUAAUAAAUACACUACUGAAAAUCUAGAAAGUUGGAUAAGUAGAAGGACAUGUUAGCUCUUAUAUUCCAAUAACGUCUCUUAUAAUUAUCAUCAUACGCUCUUUUCUUACAUAAUUAUUUUCACAUCAUUCUCUAUCAUUAAAAUUGUCUAUUACAUAAACAGUGUUCAAUUGGACACGACACUUUGUGGGCAUGGAAUCUUAAAUUAACGUGGAUGGUGUCAAUGUUCUAACUCUUGUAUGGCAGUCUGGGUUUCAAAGUGUAUGCAUUUCCUUUCAGGACCAUUUGUGAUCAGAUUUGUUCUUAAUUCUCUUGCAUGAGUACCACAACAUCAGAAUCAAUGGGUAUAUCCGUAGCGGUAUUUUUUAUCACUCAUGUUGCUUGCAAGCUUAGUGCCAUUCUCUUGCGCGUGGCUUCCAUGGAAUCACAGUACGUUCCACUGGCCUGAAGGGGGCUAGGAACGUGUGUCUACAUAUUAGUAUGUACUUUACUCACCUAUACAAGAUGGGCAGCCUCGGAUAAAUCAGUUUCAGCUUGCCUCUGAUACACCCUAACCACUUCAUGUUGUGACGUCCGAAGAGGAAGCAGCAGGACCUUAUUCAUGACAGCCUCUGAAAAUAAAGGCUUUAUACUUAUAUACAGCCAAGUGCAUGGUCUCUCCUGGGAAUUGUAGUAUACCACCGAGCUUUUUACGGAGCCAAAGUAGUUUCUCCAGCAUUCAAUUGCAUGAUGUGCAUCAGGAGUUAGAGCUUAAUUCACCUGUAUAGAGAAAAUUCAGUUCAAUUGAAAACUAUUGCUACGCUUUUUUACACAUAAUUCAUUUGUGCCUGCACCAUUGUGGAGGUGUUAAGAAUGGAACUUUGGAAUGCACAAUAGUAUAUUCACCUGUACACAUAUGGAGCAAAACAAGGAAAAGAAUGGCCACACUGCUCUGGAGGUGGCCAGAAACUGGGGAGAUGAGUACAUCUAUAUGCCAUACUCUAUAUGCCAAGUGUUCCUCCCUACCACCGCCAGUGGAGAAAAAAGGCAAGGAGAAAGGUGGUGGUAAGAAGAAAGAUGGGGGGAAGGAUAAGGGAAAGAAAGGCAUGCAAGAAAGGAAGUAGCGAUGACUCUCUGCCCAAGAUAUUACCGGCACAUGGUCCUCCUCUUGAGCCCCUCCCUCCUCCACCUCGACUUCCCACCCCGGCAGAGUAUGUGGAGUCUGCCAGGAGGAGGUGCUCUGUAGGAAGCAUGCAGAGCUCCACUCUCAUCAGACCCUCACCCAACUAUAGGCCUAGACCAGCAUGGGUAUCAAGACCCCCUUCAAUGCAAACCCACUUCGAGGUGCAGAGUAAAGCAAGAGAAGAGAGAGGAAUUGAGAGAACUGAUUUUGGGGAGAUGCGUUCACCAUUUCAACUGCAACUGUUAGCUAGAGCACAAGCACUUGAAGUUACUGACGCUUGAUAGCACUAUUUCUCUGUUUUUGUUUUUAAUUACCUUCCGCAU